GAAAAGUACAAUCCGUCAAGCAUAAAUUACAAUGAAAUACUAACGCCAAGGAUCAUCAAAUCGCCGGAGAAACGAGACAUCGAUCAUCUCCACCACGCAGAGCCAAGCCAACCUACACAGAAACAGAAAUGGCAAGAGAAGUAUCGGAAAGCUGUAUGGAUAGUUUGCUUACAGAGAUUGUUUCUUCGUAUUGCAAUGUGCUAUACGUUAGUAAGCCGGAGCUCGCUGCUCGGAGAAUCGAAGCCAUCGGCUACCAAGUUGGCCACCAGCUCUCUGAAAGGUACACAAUGGAGCGACCACGUUUCAGUGAUCACCUGGAGGCAAUCAAGUUCAUCUGUAAAGAUUUCUGGUCUGAACUCUUCAAGAAACAGAUAGACAAUCUAAAGACGAAUCAUAGAGGUACAUUUGUUUUGCAAGAUGAUAAAUUUGCAUGGGUUUCACGCAUGUCUUCAACUGAGAAUUCUGGUUCAACUCAAGAACCUGGAAUUGGAAACAAAGCAGCAGAAGCAAGUAGCAUGCAUCUAUAUUUCCAGCCUCCCUGCUUGUUCAUUUGUGAUCCGGAUAAAGGUGUAGUAAACAUAUCUGUUACUGUUCGUGCAAGAUUUUUUGGUCAUCCCGAGGAAACAAUUCCUAGGCAGCUCUGUAUAGUUUUGAAAGUCGUGCUUAAGUUGAGUAGUGACAACAUCUGGCCAAUCGCUAAGUAUAAUGAAGAUGUACAUGAAUAUAUUAAAUAA